CGGCAUGGGGCGCGCCCGCGGCCGGCCGGCGCCAUGGCGGUGAGCUGCCCCGAGGUGAUGUACGGCGCCUACUACCCCUACCUGUACGGCCGCGGCGCCGCGCGCUCCUUCCACCACGCGCCGCACUUCCAGUAUGACCGGUUCAACGUGGGCAGCGGCGCCGGCGGCGAGUCGUACGGCGCAGGCGCGGCGGGCGCACUCAGCACGGGCUCGGGCUCGUCGGGCGCGCAGUCGCCGGCCUCGCCGCCGCACGCGCACGCGCAUGCGCACCACGCGCCGCACCAUGCGCCGCACACGCCGCAUGCGCCGCACACGCCGCACGCGCCGCGCCUGCGGACCAAGGAGGAGGAUCUCUCGGCGCACGGCCGCGCCAGUGCCGACGGAGGCGCGGCGUCGUCGGACUCGGAGGCGGAGUGUGGCGGCGCGGCGGGUGCCCGCGCUGCGCGGGCGCAGUACGUCAGCGCCAACUGCGUCGUGUUCACGCACUACUCGGGGGACGUCGCCGCUGUCGUCGACGAACACUUCGCGCGCGCCCUCUCUAUUGAUAAGCCAAAGGAGUGCGUGCCGAUGGUGUCGCGGAACCUGCCGGCGUCGUUCUUCAACGCGGCGGCGGCGGCGGGCGUGCCGGGCGCAUGCGCCGGCGUCGACCUCUACGACUACGACCCCUGGCACCAGCACUACUCCGGGUACGGGCACGCGGCUCACCGGCACGCGGCGGAGUACCACGCGGCGGCGCAGGCGCACCACAACAUGGCGGCGGGCUACGGCGGCCUGCUGCUGGGCCGCGGCGCGCUGCCGCAGUACAAGCCCGUGGACUGGCCGCAGCCGCCGCACCUCGACCCCGCCGCCUGCGCGCCCUACUCCUACCCCGCCGUGCCCGGUCUGGAGGCGCAGGUGCAGGACACGUCCAAGGAUCUGUACUGGUUCUGAGGAGCGUGCGCGCAGCGGGCCGCCGCAGCGCCGUGACGCUCCGCACGGUGUUGCGCCGUGUGGGGGCGGCGGCGUGGCGUCCUGCGCGGCCAGCGUGGCGUCCUGCGUGGCCGGCGUGGCGUCCUGCGCGGCCGCGGCCGCGUGAGAGCAGUGUAGUGUAGUGACAAAGACAACGACUCAUGCUCACCUCGUAGGUACCUAGUGACUGACUGUUGCGAGACAAGUACUCUCAUGUCCAUGACGUGACCAACUGUGUGUUAUUGCUCAAAGUGAAGGACAUUGAAUGUAAUGCCCGCGUCCCGCGAGUGGUUGUGUAUCUACCUACGACGUUGUGCCGAGAUGUCGAUGCAUGAAUCAAGCCACAGAUCUCAGAUCUAAGUAUACUCAUACACAAAGGAAGGUGUGUCAGAGGUACGUACGAGAGAAGCGACGUGUGACAUGCUCUCUGGAACUCACCCAGCAUCGCAUUGAUCACCAGCCCGGCGCCAUCACACCACUCUGAACGGGCGACAGGCUCAAGUCUCAUAACGCGGGAACAAUGAUGUUAAUUUGCUCAAGUAUAGUACGAUUCAUCCUGCCGUACACUCAUUCUCUCACACGCAAAUUGUAUUGUAAAAGGUAGAGUUUUUAUUUGAGUAUACCUUAUGUCGAUAUCGUAUUCACAACGAAAUAAUGAGUAAUGCAAGCGAUGUAAGGAUCCAAAUACUGAUAGCCUGAUAGAUUACAUAAAGCUUUAUCUCAUUUGUUGGCUGUAAUAACAGUUAUAAUAUAAUUUAGCAAGUACUUACCGGAUAUUAGUUACAAAUUACAAAUUACGAACCUUUGGAACGUAGACACAAGAAGGAAUAUUUUCACAAAACUCUACCUAUUCAUUUAUAUAGUUAUUUAUCAUAUUAAUACAUAGUUUGAAAACAAAUUAAUUGUUAUAAUGCUGGAAAAUUCUAGAUACUUGUAUAAAUGAGUUUCUAAUUAAAAGAUGAAAAAUGUAUAUUAUGUAAUGAUAAUGACCAUUGAUUUAUGAUUAGUAUUCCGGAUAGAGUUGUACUAGGUAUAUCGCACGUUGUAAGUAUUAGUGGACACGCGGUGUGGUACGCGGUACCUACCUAGUUUAGACAAUAUUGGUAUAGAUAGGCAAUGUUUAUGUAUGUACAUACAUACCCGUAGAGUAAGCUACGUUAAGCACAUAGUUGUACGCAGGCGACGACGUCGUACUACAGCCUGCGCCCGCGCCGCACAUACGUACACUACUUUAUUGUUCUCUUGUCCGCUCUCUUAUCUCUCUGUACUCUUUUAACUGGUAGUUAUAAAUCAAUAUUUUAAGCAAUUGAUUGUAAUACUACGCGUGCGGACGGGCUACGCGGGCGCAGGCGCGCUGUGGUCGUCAGCUGUUAUUUGGUUUCCCGGACAUUUCCUUGUAAUUUGAAUGAUCGAGAAGGAGUUCACCCGCCUCGUAGUGUGUCGGCACGCACCAGCGCCGCCUCGCAUCCACCACGCCGCGGCCGCGUCUCGGCACGUGGUCGGCUCAUGAUAUUGUGUUAGAGGUAAAUCUGAAAAUGAGAAUAAAUUCCGUAUCUACUGUGAUUGUUUCA